AUGUCAGUGAAGGUUCUCUACUAUGACAUCAGAGGCAGCUUAUUCGCUAUCCAGAUGGACGACAUGUAUUUCUACGUCGCCUCGGAUCACGUCGGCACUCCGCAGGCUGUGCUUAGCUCAGGCCUCAGUGUCAUCAAGGAGCUAACGACGGCGCCCUACGGAGAGAUAAUCUCCGACAGCAAUCCAGCGUUCACGAUCCCUAUCGGGUUUUGGGGUGGAAUCCAUGAUCCUGUGUCCAAGCUCGUGUUUAUUGAUGGCCGCCCGUACGACCCCGUGAUUGGUCGAUGGAUGUCACCUGACCAGAAGUGGGAGGAAGUAGCGGCAGAUCCGCAGUUGGCUAAUCGCUACAGAUUCCAGAAGAGCAAUCCCGUGAACAAGGACCGAGGAGGUGGCCGUUAUCUGAGUGACUUGGAGAGCUGGAUGAAGGUAUUCGGCUACGACACGGCGGUCGUGCGCACGCCCGUCGCGCCGACGCCGCACGCGACACCAGCCGACCCGACAUCGCUGCGGCUGUCGAGCGGUCUCGCCUGCUCGCUGACCGCCUGCGGCAUCGCGCUCGAACGCUACAGCUCAGUGCCGAAGUCAAAGGUCACCGAGCGCAUGCAUGCCGACUUCGCGCCGGCGCGCCUGUCGGCCGGCUCGGUGUUCGGCGACGGCAUACUGCUGUCGGUUGCCGACGGCGUCGUCGUCGUCAACGCGCUGCCGGGCGCGCACAAGCAGGCGCGCGACGUCGCCAUGGUGAUUCUCAACGGGACGCUGCCCGUCGGCCUGCAGCUGACGAUCCAGGGCAUGGACUCGCACUUCCUCGUCAAGCCGCCGGGUAAGCAGGUCGCCGAGGAUCUGUGGAAGCUGUCGAUGAGCGGCGACUGGCUGCCGCUCGGCAACGGCAUGAACGUCACCAAGCACGAGAUCGGCGGCGACGGUGGCGGCUCCGGCGGCGGCGAGGCGAGUUACAUCGACGUGCGUCUGCAGGGCGCGCAGUCUGUGAUAAACGUGCGCUACGGCACGACGCUGGCCGCCGAGACACAGCGCGUGCGCAACUACGCGAAGCAGUGGGCCAUCACUCAGGCGUGGGCGCGCGAGCAGAGCCUGCUGCACAGCGGCCACUUCGGCUCCUAUCACUGGACGGAGGCGGAGAAGCGCGAGAUCCUGCAGACGGGCGCGGCGGCCGACUACAGCGGACACUACCUGCGCGACGUCGGCAUGUACCCGCAGCUCGCCGACGACUGCAACAACAUCGUCUUCCGCAAGCGGCCGCCACUCGACAACAUGCUCAGCGGCGUGUUGUAG